AUGUCGAGAAAGCCCCGAGUGUCGAGAAGUGUCUGGGUCAAGCUGCUACAUUUAAUGGAAUGUGCAAUAAUUAUCUACGGAGCUCUUUCACCGCUUCUCUUCCGCGAGGUUACAUUUCAGGUUUGCAGCUACAAGGUACAAAGGAAAUGUUUCGAGUUGUAUCGGAAUAUUGACAGGCUUUAUCCAAGAGAUUCUCCGCCGUUCUUCUCCCCCCUUUCUUCCCGGGAGACCCUGCUAGCGCCCUUCCGGCGAGUGUUCGCUUCGGGGCGAGAGCAAUGGCUUCGCACGUCAAGCGGACGGGAAAUCACGUUACUGCAUGACGAAGAGCAUUUUGUGACCAUCAAGAUUAAAUUACCGAUCUUGCCCCGCGAUGACUGGUCUAAAAAUGUUGCCAAAACGCUCGUCAUGACCUGUCGUCUGAUCAGGAAAGCCUGGCCCGUGUGCUGCCAUCUGCAGUUUUGAUCUAUUACUCGUGGAGGCUCGUUCUUCGUCUUGCUAACGGGAUGGAACUUGGUUCACUGCAGUCGGUGGCCGGGCAGAGACAUACACUUCGUACCUACAACGUACAGCAGCAUCUCGCUUUGCAAAAGUUUGCAUCCCC